UUUUCAAAUGAAUUCAUUUUUAAAAAUAUUUUAUUAGAUAAUUAUGAAUCGGUAAUAGAAGAGUUUUCAUGUUCUAUUUGCUCAGAAUUUGCAUUUAAAAAAGAAAUGUAUCAAUGUAAAGAGGGUCACACCGCAUGCAAAAAUUGUUUUAUUGAAAAUAUUGAAAAGAGAGGAACAUGUAUGGAAUGCAGAACCCCUUUAACCUCAAUUAAUGAUCUAAUAAGAAAUAGAUUUUUUGAAAACACACUAUCAAAUAAGAUAAUUAUGUGUCCAUUUUCAUAUAGCCCCCAAUUUUAUUUUCAAAAAGGAUAUGAAAUUUAA